AUGUGUAAUAAAUGAAUGUAUGAUGUGGUUUUAUGUCUUUGGCAGCGAGAAGAGGCUGAAUCCAAAGCCCGAGAGGAAGCAGAGAAACAGAGGAUCGAACGAGAGAAACACUUCCAGAAGGAGGAGCUGGAAUGCUUGGAAAGAAAGAAGCGUCUGGAAGAAAUCAUGAAGAGGACUCGUAAGAGUGACGCAGGAGCACAGAAAGAUGUUAAAACUCCAACUCAAGUGAAUGGCAGAGUCACUGACAGCGUAAUACAGAGAAAUCCGUCAGAAGCUCUUCAUACUGGUGCGACAAACCAAUCACCAAUGAGCUCUGUGUCCUGGGAUGCAGCACCGGUCAUUAACGGAGCUCCGCCCACUAAGCAUCAGAAUGGACUGUCCUCCAAUGGAGACGCAGCAGACUUUGAGGAGAUAAUCAAGCUGUCCAAUCACAGUGGGAACAGUGGGCAGAGUCAACCGGCUGACCAAAUCAUGGCCUUCGAGGGAGGAGAACCGUUCAUGAUGAAGGCGGGGCCUAUGAAACCUCAACAUGUGGCAGAGGUGCUGUGAGAGAUGAGAUAUCAGAGUCUUCUGGAUAUAAAGAGAAGAAGAGAAGCCUUACUCUACCACCGCUUCCACCCUGACGUGUGCCAAACCAACAAAAACAGACUGCUUCAACUUUAGAAACACAGCCGAGCCGGACGCACUCUGGAGAAAGUGCCAGAAGACGACCUUAAAGAGACACUUAUAUACAUAUACAACGUUUGCAAAAAGUCUCUGUCUAUUUCACUGUGUGUGUCAUGGUGCAACAUUUGUUGAGUUUCUUUAACAAGUCACCUGCCGAUCAUGUGGUGCACCUUAAAAGAGUCGCUAUAUAUUGAAUUUUAGAAAAGACAACUUGGCUUAUCUUUAUGAUAUGAAUUAUUGUUGUUGUUGUUGCUCUUGUUAUGAUGUAUUGUUAUCGUUCUUUUAAGUAGAGAAAAAAAAGCAAACGUGUGUCUUGAACUAUUGCGUUAUUUAACGUGUGGCGCAUCAGAAGAGGCCGAUAUUCUGUAUGUUAAUGUAUAUUUGCCUGAUUAUGACAGACCUGUGAAUUAAAUCUUUUUGAAAGGG